CGUAGAUGAAACUGUUCAGAUGCAAUUUCUCCGAUUGCGUUGAAAGUUCGCGCAAUGGUGCAGCGUUUGGAAACGAUUGCCUCUUCAAGGGCGAGCAGCUCCGCGAUCGGAAUACCUUCCGUGGCAUUGAGGUCAGUUGCCGAAUUGGAGCAACUUUGCAUGCGCCGUGAGGCAUUCAUCGUGCAGUUAGAGCGCGAGCUGGCCUUGUUGCGGCAGCCGAGCCGACUGCAGGAACGCGUGGAGGCUCUGGAGGAGAUCGUGCGCUUGGGAAUCCGACUCGAUGAAGAUGAAGUGGGCAACGUCGCCGUCAAGGAGGAACUUCAUGAGUUGGUGAAGGGCCUGAGAGGCAGGACUCCAGAAUGAGGUUGUGAGUGAUAGGGCCUAUUAGGGUCUGAGAAAUGAUGUCUCACAGAUGGUCCAUGGUCAUGCAAGAAAAUAACAGGUGCGAAAAAAGGCGAGAUUUUGCAUUACACAAUUUUAUGUGGUCACUUAUAUAAGGGCCUUAUUGGGCUAGCGGC